AUGGAAAGCUUAAGCUCCAAGCUCCUCCUAUUUUUCUCCUUCUCGCUCUGUCUACUUUACCAACUGGCCGGUUCCUAUUCCACCAACGUUCAGUAUUGUGAUAAGAAAGGUGACUAUAACGUUAAGGUGAAAGAAGUUAAAAUAUCUCCUAAUCCUAUUGCAAGAGGCAAGCCUGCUACAUUUAGCAUUUCUGCAACUACAGGUGAAGCAAUAUCAGGAGGGAAGGUGGUGAUUGAUGUUUCGUAUUUUGGAUGGCACGUACAUUCGGAGACACAUGACCUUUGUGGAGAGACAUCUUGCCCUGUUUCAAUUGGUGACUUUGUGUUUGCUCAUACACAAGUUUUACCAGGAUUCACUCCACCUGUAAGUCAUAAUUCUAUUCAUUCCUAUAAGUGA